UCUGCCAUCCACUUUGAAUUAGUCAUGGCGACGAAGGCGCUGGUGUUUCUGCUGGUGGUUGGGGUGGCAUCUGCCACAUCUACCUCACAUGUGUCCAUCAACUUCGGCGGAGCUAAUGUAAACUACAACAACGACCACGUCGACGGCCCUGCAGAAGGCUACCAUCCUGCUCCAGUCUCAUAUCAUCCGGCCCCAGCUUACCACCCGGAACCCAAGUACCCCGUGCAUCACGAGCCUACGUAUCCCGCACACCCUGCGCCGUCCUACCAUCCUGAACCCGUCUAUCACCCAAAGCCAUCUUACGAGCACGAACCAAAGAUCCCAGCUUGUUCGGAACUGACUAACGCCACGUACUGCCUCGAGGAUGAGGAAUACCCCGAGUACGAGAUCAAGCACGCUAUUCAGUAUCAUUUGGAUAAGUUCAAUCACCUUUACGCUGAUGUUGCUGACCUAAACACUGAGCUGUCCGUUGAGCGACCCGAAACUCUCGAUGAAGAAACUUACCUGUGUCCCUCUGAGACAGCCUAUAUCCGGCCUCUCCGCGCUGAGAACACCGAAGGGAAAUGGCGCGUUGUUGUGAAUGAAAUUGAGCUUCACUACAAAACUUUCACUCAGACCGUCCGCGUGGAGGACUGUCUCACCGCAGGAGAGGAUUGUCCCAAAGUUCCUAUGUGUUACGAGUCCAAGUGCCUGCAGAAGUUCAUCUACCACCGCUUCCUCGUCUACGACCCCUAUGAUCAGUACUUCCCCUUCGCCAUCGAGACAUUCAAGCUUCCCGCCAGCUGCGCUUGUCUCCUGGGCGCCUACACCAUCGAUCACUAACUGAAGCUCAUUGUCUUUCUUAAUUAUGUACAAACCAGUUAAUCUACUUAUACGUUUGCGUAAAAUCAAACGUAGAUUCCUUAUAAAUUCGGGUAAGAAAUAUGUUUGGUCCUAGUAAAUGACUGUCAAUAGGAACAAAAAAUGUUUGUUCUUUGCAUUUUUUAUGGGAUUUUUCUUUUUAAGUUCUCACAUGGUACGGGUUCCUUGGCUGUAGCUACUCUCUCAUUUCUUAGAUAUUGACAAUACGAGGUAC